CUAUUUUUGGGAUUUGAAGCCAAAAAUUGCCAACUAGGCUCCUCAAAGACAAGAAACAAUGAUCAUGUCCGAUUUUUCGCCCAACAAAGACAAUCCAAAGAAGACAUUAACCAACAACGAAGCCACCGGAGAAACACGAAAACAACAUCAUGUACCAUAAUCAUCGAUCUUCUUCAUCGUGAUCACGAUCAUGAUCAUCAUCGUCAUCGUUCUUGGACAGCAGCUUCUUUGAUCUCUUCAUCAAACCCGAUCAAUGGCUGCUUUUCCCUCUCCAUUGUCCAUCGGUGUCAUCUUCUUCUGUUUAUCUCUCCUUCCCCCUUCUCUGCAGCACAUGAACGAGGCCGAAUCUCUUAUUCGGUUCAAGAACACAAUGAACAUAACGAAAGGGGACUUGAAUUCAUGGAGAACAGGAACUGAUCCUUGCAAUGGAAAGUGGUUCGGAAUCUAUUGUCAAAAGGGUCAAUGGGUUUCAGGCAUUCACGUUACGCGUCUCGGUCUCUCUGGUUCUAUCAGCGUUCAAGACUUGAAGGCUCUUACCAAUCUCAGAACCAUCAGGUUGGAUAACAACCUGCUCUCGGGUCCCUUACCGCCUUUUCACGUUCUUCGCGGCCUGAGAUCGCUCUUGCUCUCGAACAACAGUUUCUCGGGCGAGAUCUCCGAUGAUUUCUUCAAGGAUAUGCCUCAGCUGAAGAGGGUUUUUCUCGAUAACAACGAAUUCAAAGGAACAAUCCCCACGUCUCUGAUGCAACUGCAUGAUCUUGAGGAGCUUCAUUUGCAAGGAAACCAGUUUUCGGGUCAUAUUCCCUCGCUUACUGAUGCCAACAAGAUUCUGAAAUCCAUCGAUCUCUCUAACAACGAUCUCGAAGGAGAGAUCCCGAAGAGCAUAUCGGAGAGAAAGAAUCUUGAGAUGCAUUUCCAAGGAAACCAGAAACUGUGUGGACAACCGCUUAAUGUUGUCUGCCAGCCGUCUGUUACAAGAAACUUAGAUCCUAAGACGGAACAAGAGCAUAGUCAACACGCCAUUAAAGCGAUUCUUACAUCAAUUGCGGUUCUGAUACUCUUUUUCAUCAUCGUGGCGGUAAUCUCGAGAAGGAGAAGACGAGAACCCGACUUCCGGAUGCUUGGUAAGGAACAUCUCAGCGAUAAUGAGGUCGUGGAGGUUCGAGUACCAGAAUCAACAGCCAAAAAGCCGACAGAUUCGGGCAGAAAGCGCGAUUCGGAUGUCUCAUCUAAGAAAGGAUCUUCGCAUCACGGGAAAGGCGGGGGAAUGGGAGACAUUAUAAUGGUGAAUACCGACAAAGGUUCGUUCGGUUUGCCUGAUCUGAUGAAGGCAGCGGCCGAAGUGCUAGGAAACGGAAGCCUAGGCUCGGCUUAUAAGGCACUGAUGGCUAAUGGAUUAGCCGUCGUCGUGAAGAAACUGUCGACAGAGUCUUUUGACGUUGAGAUGAGACGAUUAGGGCAACUUCGUCAUCCUAACGUUCUUACCCCUCUGGCGUAUCAUUAUCGCCGAGAAGAAAAGCUUAUUGUCUCUGAAUACAUGCCCAAAAGCAGCUUGCUUUACGUCUUACACGGCGACCGAGGGAUCUAUCACUCGGAACUGACUUGGAAAACUCGGGUGAAGAUAAUCCGAGGGGUCGCACGAGGGAUGCAGUUCUUGCACGAAGAGUUCGAAUCCUACGAGCUUCCCCACGGAAACCUAAAGUCGAGCAACGUUCUCUUGAGCGAAAACUACGAGCCCUUGAUCAGCGAUUACGCUUUCCUACCGCUUCUACAGCCGGAAAACGCAGCACAGACUUUGUUCGCUUUCAAGACGCCCGAGUUUACGGAGAAACAGCAAGUCUCAGCGAAAUCGGACGUAUAUUGCCUCGGAAUCAUUGUUCUUGAGAUCCUGACAGGGAAAUUUCCUUCUCAAUACCUAAACAACGGAAAAGGUGGUACGGAUAUCGUCCAAUGGGUGCAGUCUUCAAUCGCGGAACAUAAAGAAGAUGAACUCAUCGAUCCCGAGAUCGCGAGCGAUACAGAAUCGGCUGCGGAAAUGGCUGAGUUGCUGCGGAUCGGGGCUGCCUGUAUAGCAAGUAACCCAGAUGAGAGACUAGGUAUGAAAGAAGCUGUUAGACGGAUAGAACAAGUGACAACUUGAUGAAGAAGAAGAAGCCGAAAAACUCAAACGCAAAACGCAAACGCAGACACUGUCGGUCCAAACGCUAGAAUUCUUCGGAACCUGUAGAUAAAGGAGGAAGCAAAGAGAGACAAAAACAACGAAAAGAAAAAAAGGUUGCGUGCGUAGGAAGGCAACGUUUUUUUUUUCCUCCAACAAAAAUUUUCCGGAUGAAGCAAACAUGACCCAAGUUUGGAAAUGGCAGAUUUCUUUUUUUCUCGUUUCCUUUUUUUUUUUCCAAUUCGUUUCUUUGUUUGCUAAGAAGUUUGUAAUGUAUAUUCAUCUUCUGUUACAUAUAGAAUGGAUUUUUAUGCAAAAUGAUUAGGGUUUUCAA